AUGGAAGCUCGUAGUACUCCAUUGGCAGCAGAGUUUCCAAUGCCUGGAUGCAGACAAGUAUGCCUUAUCGACUCCCCCGGACCAUUCCCUGAGUUCAUGGACUCCGAUAUCGUGGGCCCAGGCUUGUUGAGCCACUCCGACAUGAGUUAUCAGGAUUCUACAUCCCCACCAAGCCUGUCGAAUGACCAUUCGCAUCAUUACAGCGGUACCAUGCGUGCUUCGUUACCAGAUGAAACAGCUCUCUUUGUUGCAAACUAUCUCCACCAGUUGCGCCUGAAAUUUGGGAUGGACAUGACUCUUGACCGAGCAAUUCAAAUAUGCAUUGGACAAUGGGACACUCCAGACCCCAAGCCUACGCACGCCCAGAUGGGAAGGGAUCAUUUUGUUUCGAACUACAGUUCACCUUCGACGAGUGUCCAAUCUAGCAGAUCGACUCGCCAGUCUAUACCCAGCGAUAGGGUUUAUUUCAGGUCCGGUGCCAUCGCACAGACCGACCACGAGAUAUUCCAAGACGGUGGCAGAUUAAAGGUCAGGUGUUACGAAGGCUCUUGCAGCGGCAAUGCAUUGAUGAAGGACAAUUUUGUCCGGCACCAUUAUGGCGGCAGCACGGACGCACAGCUUCGCAGAAAGCUGAGCAGGACCGGGUAUGAUGGGCAGUUCCUGUACCCUGAAAGAGAGGUGGAUGUGCUGAUGAACUAUGCAAGGAGUGUUCAAAAACCAGUCUGUUUGGGUUACCAUGACUGUGAAGAACAUCAUGAGGACGAUGAUAAGAAGAGUGGCUAUUGUCCUCACAAAUUGAGAAGCACAGUGGACAACGAGAUGCUGUAUCGGGACCUCGAACAAACGCAGACUUUGGGAGAUAUGACCAUAACUUGUCAGGACAUAUUCAUCAUGGUAUUGCGCCUCGGAGGACAAGAGUGUGCGGAAGGCAACAAGACAUCUCUAGACUCUUAUAUGCUAGGAUGAACUUAACGAAACUUACAAAACCUGUAAGGGUACACAGCUCGUCAGGAAGCCCAUAAGAGACAACGGGAAAGAUGACAGAACGGUGCGGGCGUGAAUGAGGAUGAGGAUUAUGACGAGAGAAGGAGUCAGGGAGUGACUUUCCCCCAGCUUUUAGCUUAGUAUAUGACUGCUGUUUCGUUGUUAGAAGCGCUGGUGCCUGAGGCCUGAGGUCUGAGUCCCUGCCCACCCACGUCGACUCCACUGCUGACCUAAUAGUAAUGCAGGCGAGGACGGGAUAGGAACGAAGAUGAUACUCGAACAUGGCUGAUGAUCGAUGAUCCAUGCCAUGAGCCAUCGAUUAAUAUUAUGAAUCGGAUUAAAUAAAGGGACGAGACUGCAUACAACCUGAGGGAUAUAUGGCCGGAGGACAACCGGAG